CGCGGCCACACGAAACCACCCCGAAGAUGUCGAGUCUCGACAACGGCUGAUCGGAAUGUCCAAAGUGACGAGCCGCGACCGAUCGUGAAUAUUAGAGAGUAUUAAAACAAAAUACGGGAAGUAGUGGUAAAAGAAAAAAAAAACAAGAGGGGAGAAAAAACCGAGGCAACAAUUAAAACGUAACGGAUAAUCAAAGUGAUUCGAGAGUGAUAUUAGAUUUACGUGAUUUUUUAUAACGAGGGAAAGAAAAAAAAUUCACGUCGAUGUGUAUAUGCACUGAGGGAACGUUGACUAGUAAUUGAACAAAUUUUAUGUCACUACACGCAAGUACGACUUAUUUUGAAAUGCGACAACUAAGCGGGAUAUCAAUGGUUAAAGAAAGGCAUUGAAACGAUAACGUUGUUUUUAUACUUUUGUGAAAUUAACGUGCUCCCGGCAUGCUGUAUUCAUCGGUGCUACUUGUUUGAAUGACUGCGUUCAGAAUGCACUUGGUCGAAGUAUGGCUGAAAGCAUUGCUUCACUUGGGAUUUAUUUAUGGAUGGACCAGCUGCGUACGACCACAAUUCGAUACGUCUACCGAUAUGGGAUUGGUCCUUGUGCCAGCGGAUGCAGAAGUUGAUUCCGUUAUCUUUCGAUUGCGUGCGACUGAUCAGGAUGCUGAUUUUCCAUUGAUAUUCGAUAUCACUGCGACGGUAACACCGAUAGUCCGAAUCGAAAAUUUACCUUGCACAUUGUACAACAAAGUUUGUCAAGCUAAUGUAAUUCUUACCAGACGAUUGACACCGGGACGCCUUCAUGACUUUGCUGUAAGAGUCAGAGAUUCAAAGGGCGAUACGAAUUCUAUGCAAGCUACCAUUUCUGUAACCAAUGCUACAACACCACGCGAUAAGAUAUUCCCACAUAUACCGUCGCUCAUAAUGGUACCUGAGAACACAAAACCAGGCAAGAAAUUAGGAUAUCUUCUAGUGCGCUCCAAUCCUUGGAGUGGGAAACCAGUUUAUAUUGAAUUAUGGCAACCUAAAGAUUUGUUCACUAUUCGACAACGGCAAACACCGGACCAGACUCAAGGUACAAUCACGCUCAUUGGCGAAUUGGAUUUUGAAACUCAAUCGAUGUACACACUCACUAUGUAUGCUACGGAUCCUUAUACGGAGCCUGGAAAGGACACACGUAAUAUCGCAGGUAUUCACGUGGUUGUCGUUGUUCAAGAUGUUCAGGACGUCCCACCAGUUUUUACACUAGCGCCACCCUUGACUCGAGUUAAUAAUUCAGUGCAGCCUGGUGACGUAAUCCUCCGAGUUCACGCUGAAGAUGGCGAUAAGGGAUCACCACGCGAGGUCACAUAUGGCCUUGUAUCAGAGGGCAAUCCAUUUACACCAUUUUUCAAUAUUUCAGAGACUACGGGCGAAAUUAGUUUGGCAAGACCACUGGAUGAGUUGACGCAAAUUACUCAUGUCGGCGCACCUAUCGUGCUGACGAUUGUAGCUGAAGAAAUUCGAAGAUCCAGGGAAGAGCCACCCGCUCAAGCUACGGUGGUCGAUGUGGGUCUUCUUCUUGGAGAACCAGGAAAUAAUCCGCCAUACUUUGAGAGUGAUAACUACGUAGCAUGGAUGGAGGAGAAUGCUGAGCCUGGAUCUAUGGUCACUUUUAUGGAUCAAUAUUCAACUAGGGUUAAAGAUGAAGAUAUUGGUAAGGCUGGAGUAUUCGCCUUGAAAUUGAUUAAUAAUAAUGGCACGUUUGAAAUAACUCCUACGGUGGCUGAACGUAUGGCAGACUUCGUUAUUGCUGUUCGCGAUAAUACACUUAUCGAUUAUGAAACGUACAAAAACCUGCAGUUUAAGAUUGUUGCUCAAGAAGUAGGUCCCGCUACGAAUCUUUCUGCAGCGGUACCAGUCACCAUUUUUUUGAGAGACGUUAACGAUAAUCCGCCUCUAUUUGAAAAAGAGGAUUACGAAGUAACUUUGUCGGAAAAUGUAAAAGCCGGGACAAAAGUGGUUCAGGUGCGUGCUACGGACAAGGAUACAGGUUUAUUUGGUAGCAUCCAGUAUACGAAAAUAAUAGGACCUGGUAACGAAUCAUUUGUCAUGGAUCCGGAUACCGGAUUGAUAACAGUUGCUAUGGGAGCAAAUGCAUUGGAUCGCGAAAUGACUCCAAGAUUACAAUUGUCAGUGGAAGCACGAGACGAAGAUGGAAGAGGACUUAGAAAUACAGUGCCGCUAAUAAUUAAUUUGUUAGAUGUCAACGAUAACGUACCUAUUUUUGAAAAAGAUACAUACACGUUUAUGCUAAAUACUGAUCUAUCAAAUUUCACGAUGCCAGCUAUAAUAAAGGCUAUUGAUGCUGAUUCGGAACCACCGAACAGUGAGGUCCGUUAUGAGCUGAUCCAUGGAAACUAUGAAAACAAGUUUUACCUUAACGAAGUGACCGGAGAAUUAAUUCUUCGUGAAGCAUUAACGAAAGUACGACGAACGAGACACAGUGCAUAUCAGCACUUUGCAGCAAAAUUUCAUAGAGGUUUCCUGCAGGUUCAGGAAACUUUUCAGAAAAUGAUGGUCAAACGAGAAAACUCUGUUGACCAACUGAAAUCACCGGUGUUUCUUCAUCCCAAAAAUAGAACGAGACGACAGGUGGAGAAGAUUUGGAAAAAUCGUAAGAAACGUGCAGAUGACGAUGCUUUGUAUACUCUUACUGUCAGAGCCUACGAUUUAGGUGUGCCACAUCUUUCGAGCACAACGCAAGUGCGAAUUCUUGGCGGCGCAGCUGUUGGGGCACGCACUGUGAUGUUCGUAAUGCCAGGAGAACAUCUGGACCCAACGAAAACUGCUGAAACAUUGGCAGCUAUUACUGGAGGGCGCGUUACUAUUCAACAUAUACGACCAUAUAGACCGCAGAAUCAAUCGAAUCCCCAUGGCGGCGAAGAGUCGGGCAAUGGGAAUAUAAAAAAAAGCAUCGUUGUGGCUCGAGUAGAACAAACUGGCUCUGGAACUUCAUUGGUUGAUAUUGAAAGAAUUCGAAAGGCUUUAGCUGCCAAUGGCGUAGGAAUUAUUGGUGGCUCUGAAUCGGAGACUAAUACUAUUGGCAGUAAUGGCAGUGGGAUAAAACCAGGAAUUGGUGUUGGCGCUGUUGAAGGUGGUAAUGUUAAUACUGGCAGUGAAGGUGUUAAUACUGGUAGUGGAAGCACUAAUACUCAUACCGUUAAUAACACUGUUACCACUAUAAACAGCGAAGAAGUGACGGUAUACAAGGCUGAAAACAAAUUACUAUUAUGGUUAUUAAUUUUCUUGGGCUUAUUGAUGGCUCUAGCAGCACUGGCUCUGAUUCUAUGCUGUAUAUGUCCCGGAUGUCCAUUUUACAUGGCACCUAGAAAAAGACGCGUACAUUCAUCCGAGACACUGAUAGUCCGUUCGAACGGAAGACCCAAGAGACACUUCCACAGAAAACCAGGAAAAGCUGUCGAAGCCGUCUGGUCAGAUAAGAAACAAGCCUGGAGCGCAGAUCCAACUAGACGAAACUGGCAGUUCAACCGUCGAAACAUAAGAAAUCGUGACCUGGCGUCACUUCCGGGUGACAUCAUCAGAGUUCCUCGCCAGGAACUGGAACGGGAAGCGACAAACGCAGCUUCCCUAGGAUUAAGAGGUGGACCAGUUCCAAUCUAUGCCAGGGAUGCUGGGCAACGUCUUGAGGAGGAACGCAUCUACAUAGAGGAUGUCGAAGGUCAAGUGGGUCGAGGAUAUGACGUCGUAGACAUGGAUUCGCUGCGACGUCACGAACUUGAAAGAGGCUCCGACAUACCUCGACAAGGCUAUAGAUACGUGGAUCCACGUACUAAUGAGGAAGCAUCGAAGUUUCUCAGGGAGCAACAUUUCUAUCGCGAAGGUAACGCUGAAGUACUGAGGUUGGUAACGAGGGGUCAGCUGGAUGAGAAUAACGUGAACCAGGCCCAAAGGCCUAUGACAUUGGUAGUAGAUCAGCAGGCAGGUAUGUAUCGUGACGGGAAAGACAUACUGUUACGAAGAUUUAUGGAGGAUCAGAAAAUACGGCAUAUGCAGGAUUUGCACGACAGCAUGCAGGAGAUUCAGGGUCACGGUAUGGACUCUCAUCAGAGAACCAAGGAAUCAAUGUCUCAGCAACAGGAGAUCAUACUUCUGCCAGAACGUUUGGAUCACGAGCGCCGGCAGCAUAUCGAGGAAUUGACUCCGCAAGUUCAGAGACUCAUUAUAGAUCACGGCGAUUACGAUGAGUCUAGCAAGACGGAGUUUAAGGAUGCUCGGAUAAUGGAGAAUCGUCAGCAGCAGAAUGCAGAACUUGGAGUCGCAGCAGAGGCAGCUAUGGUCGUGGGUGGUGCAAUUUCUAAAGCCAUUGAAAAACCCUCGGCAGGUAGUAAUGGUCGAACUAUGCAAUCGGCACACGUGCAGCCUUAUACUGUACACGAGAUCGAAUUAGCCAGGCGGAAUGCAUUGCUUACUCAGUUGCUCCUGGAGAGAGAGAAUAAAGGCGCAGGUUGUGCGACGAUGGAUGCUGCUAGUUAUUUAGAGACUCAGAGUCUACCUGGACAGGUGGCAAUUGCUACGCAGACUGAUCGUACUGCCGCGACGCAGACGGAAGUUUAUAUUAGGAGUAGAAGCGACAACGAUGAGUCCGAGGAGGAAGCCAACCUGAAAAAAAAAUUGAAGUCGAAGAAACGAUAUGUUGACAGCGAUUUGAAACGUAUGAGAAGUCUUUGGGUGAGAUCACCUAUUCAGGAGGAGAGUCGAUCGUUCACUGAGAAAAGAUUUAGUGUCCUGAGAAGAAAGACCAAGGAAGCUAGAGAUGGUAGGAAGAUCAGCUUAGAGCCUGAGGUAUUGAGAGAAAUUUCGGACUCAUUAGACGGUAAUGGCAGUUCUGCUAAGGAAGAUGAAAAGUCUAAGAAGUCUUAUCGGAGUGGCAACAAAGAGAGUAAUAUUCGAUAUAAGGUGCUCAGUGAAGGAGAGAACGAUCGCAUGGAUACCCCAUCGUCUCCGGAAAUAAAUAAAGAGAAAUAUCGUAAAGCGGAAAGCGUUGGGGAAACAUCAAAGGCGGAAUGUAAAUCAGGAAAGUCAGGUAAAUUGUCCGAACCGAGUUUUCGAAUUUUAGAGAAAGAAAUUAGUUCGUUAAAAAGACAAAUACGUAAAUUUGGCGAGAAGAAUGUAGACGAAAGUAAUGAUAGCGAUAGCAAUGAAAAGAGUAACAGUAAUAAGAAGGAAACUGAUCGUAAAGACGAGUCAACGGAGAGUCUAAGGAAACGAGAUUCCGGCGUUACUAGAUCAAAGAAGCAAGUUGAUUCAAAGAUUAGGGAGCCGAAGACAGUGGCCGAAUUAGGCACAUCGGAAACUUUAAGCGAGGAACAAACUAAGCCACGAAAGGAGGAAAAUCUUUUGGCAAAGUCGCAAAGAAUGUUAAAGUAUCAUCAAAGCCAAAAGAUUAGUACCGGAAGUUCAGAGUACGAAGAUGCUUUUGAUAAGCCGAAGAAGCGAAGUUCGAUAAGUGGGCAGGAUCAAACUAGGCAGAAGUAUCAGUCGGGACAAAGUAAAGUGAAAUUGGAAACGAGAGCGAAGCGGAAAGAAAUUAAGGAAGAUAGUGUAUCCAGUAGUGGGAGAAAUAAUGAAGUGCAAAAAGAAAGUACUUCUCAAGAGUCAUCGAAGUCCACUUCGGAUUCUGGUAAAAAUCGAAAAGAAUCAACGUUGAGAUCAAAAUAUAUUGGUAAAGUGAGAAAAGAAAAUAUUUCUGAUACGAGAAGUACAAGUACUAAUUCCGAAGGAACUGAGGUAAAGAAGAGAGGAAUCGAAAUUCGGCAGACUUCUGAAAAAAAGAUUUCCAUGGAUCCCAAGGAAAAAUUAUCUAAACUUGCCGGUGCUGAUUUAGAGAAGACAACUGAGUUAAUUGAAGGUAAAAAGAUAAGUGAUGAGUCUGCAGAGAAAUCUUCUCAUCCAGAGGAUCCUAUUAAAAUUUCCGAACAGGAUGAAAAGUUUCAUGAAGUUCUAAAGAUGUCUGAUCCUAUUAAAAUUACCAAAACGGAUAAAGAGUCGGAUCCAACUGUGGGGAUAUCUGAGGAAGAUUCUCAGGAGUCGAAUAAUAUGAAUUUAGAAAGAAGCAACAAGACCACGUUGACUCGACAGGAUAAUAUUGAAAAUUCUGAUCAAUCGAUUCCAUCGAAAACUGAGGUAAGUCUUGAAAAACAUAUCAGCCGUCAGUUCACGGAUGAUUACAUUGAUAUAUCAUCCAAGUCUGAUAAGAAUAGUGAUAAGGAUUCGGAAGAUAGAAAAGUUGAACACGCAGAAAGUGUACAGACAGUUAUUCCAUCGGAUGUACAACAUUCAGACAAAAAUAAGGAUAAUAUUGAGGAGCAAAAAGAAGUUGAUGAAAAGCACGCAGAAACAAAAAUUUAUGAGCAAAUAAAAAUUGAGGAUAAAUUACAGAUUUUUGAAGAUCAUCCAAUUGUACAUGAACCACAAAGUGAACAUGCAACAGAGCCUAUAAGCAUUCUCGAAGAUAUUUCUCAAAAACGAAUAACAGAAUCCGUUGAACCACCUAUUGUAGUAAGUUCAGAUUUGAUUGUACCUAAAGAUGCCUGUAAAUCGAAAGAUAACAGGGAAAUGUCAAUUGCAAAAGAGGAAUCAGAAAGAUUGGCCGAAGCAGUACAGGCUGCCAGAGAAGAGAUGGAAAUUCCUGUGGAUGUCUCUCAUCUUAAACAGGAUGAUGUUCAAUUUAAUGUCACAAAUACGCAAUUAGAGAGUCGAAAUAAAAUAAAAGCAACUGAGGGGAAAUUGAAUGAGCAUCAAGAAACUGAAAAUCAAGUAUCCCCAAAAGACACAAUGGACGCCAUUAAAGAAUCGGAAAAUAAGUCAAUGAGCGAAUUGGAAAGAACUUUGGUCCAGGAAGAGGAUAUUCCAUUGAAAGCAAAAUCAGCAGCUUUUUAUAUCCUUUCGGACAAUUCAUUGCUGGAAGGAAAAACGGCAUUAGAGAAAGGAGCAUUCAACAAGGAAAUAGAUUUUGGGAAUUCGUCAAUAGACAAGACCCAGUCUGGUUCGACAGUUCAGCUUAAAGAACACAAAAGCCCGAGAGACGGAGCACUCACGGAUGUCGUUACUGGUGAGGAAAAGAAAAGAGUCAAAUCUGGGGAAACGGAUGAUCCUUCCAUUUCGAAAGAAAACAUCACCCAAGGGAAACACACGGAAGCGGGUUUUAUAGAAAUGGGACAAGAGUUGGGAGGAAUACCAGUGACCAGUUUGCAUCAUUCAAUGCAUGAGAAAGAUACUACCGAUGAUUCUGAUAAGAGCGAUACGUCAAGUGAAUCUUCCAAUAAAACAAUGUUUCAUACAGAGCCGUAUCAAACUCCUCGACAUCGUAUUCCAAAGAUUUCAGAGAAAAAAGAUAAUCAGUUGCGGCAAGAUAAUAAUGGAGAGUAUACACAAAUCUCGGAGGAUCCAAAAACUCUUUCGAAAGCAGAGAGUACACAUGGCGAAUCACCAAAAUUAAAAUUUGGAGAUACCGUAGAUCCCGUACACGAAACAGACAAUUCCGUAUUAUCGAUUGAUGACGUCACAAAGUCAAAUACUGCGAACGAGUCGACCGAAAACCCCGAGAAAAUGAGCUCAAGUGAAAAACAGCGUAAGGUACCAAUUGUAGAUCCGAUUUCGAAGGGGGAAUUAAAUGCUCCAGAUAAAGAAAAAAAAGCGCCGAUCAGCGGAAAAACAGAUAAAGACAAUUUGGAUCGAAAUCAAAAUGAAAAGCAACAUUCGACAUCCGGCACUGCAAAAGGCGAAAGUGAAACUAAAAAAAAGGACAAACUUCCAGGAUCUGGUAUAGUUACAGAAAUAAUUUCUCAAGCUGUAGGUCCUAUAAAGAAAGUCAUAAGUAGUAGUACCGAACGAAAGAAAUGGCACAGUGAUAAAGCCCAAAAAAAGCCUUCGACGAUCAAAACUGAUCAGGCCACAUCACAAAGUUCAGGUGACACAGGAUCGUCACAAGAAGGUCCUAAACACAUAAGAGAUACUCAAGCUUCAAAAAUAUCAUCUCGUAUCAAAAGAAGGAUAUUACCCCAUGUAAAUAGAAAAAAAGAGAAAUUAAAAGAUUCAAAUAGAACUGGUCAAGGCAAACAAGAAGGCUCGUCGUUGGAUGAACAGGAAUCAUCGCCAAAGGAGAAGAGUCAGGAAAGAAAGAAAUCGCAUGCAGAUCCAAAGAAGCCAGUAGAGGAUAGCGAAUCCGACGAAAAGUUCGAGGAAGCAAAAUCGAACGUGCAACACGUGACGUCACUUCCUCGUAUUCAACGGCAAGCAAAGGGUUCACCCAUUCUAACAGCGAAGGAGCAAGAGUCACGGACCGGUUGUAAAAAAAAAGACGGUGACGCGCAACAAAAAUCAAAAACGAAGAGUCAAGAAAGGCAAUCUCAGACGACGAGGUCAAAGGGCGACAAGGAAAAGGAUUCCGUGUCGAGCAACGGCGGUGACAAAUCAUCGAGUCCUCCAAAAACCGGCGACGCCGGCAAGGAUGGGGAAUCUGAAAAAACUCAGUCACGCUACAUGUCCUGGUACAAGCAGAAACGCGAAGAGAUGGAGAAAAAGCGAAAAGAGAGGAAAGAAGCUCAAGAGGAAGAGCAGCGACCACGUUGGAUGCGAAGGUCGUUAAGAUACAAGAGAUUGGCCGAUAAUCAAGCCAAUGCCAAAGAUGGUAAAACGCCCGAGGCGACACCUCGGAGCAGGCGCAAAGUCAAGCCUCUGGUGAACGUGGAAUCGGAACAACUGAAAGCGAUCGUGCGUCAGGGCAGGAAGUUACGCAAGGCCGAGGGUGGCCAGAACGAAGACCCCCCGGUUGAAAUAUUCGCGCCAGAGAAACCCCCAUCGCCGCCGCCUUCGCCACCAGGUACCCAGUAUCAUCCCCUGGUCCAGCAUUCCCAAUAUAAGUACGAAAAAAUUCCGCCUCCCUUUUAUCUGCAUCCCCCACCCGUUCCCCAUUCCACCCCUCAAUUAUCCCCAGAACAUUUUCAGGGCCAAUCCGCGGAUAGCAGGAGACCCGACGACGAUCUGGACUCCGGGAUCGCUGUUUCCCUCCAGGGUGGCGCCAGGCUCAGGCAUCAGCAACUUCUUGAGAAAAAAAGUGUUUUUGAUAUUGCCUAUAGCGAAGCUGCACCUUCCCAGCUUCGCGCGGACAGUACCACGCCUCCGUCUUAGAAUCCUAUGAAAUAUUUUUCUAUUGUUUAAUACGGAACGAAAUUAGACACAAAUGGAUUCGAUCAGAAAUGUACGUAAGGAUUGAUUGUUUUUUAAAUAAGAGGACUUAUAUAUGUUCAUUCACAUGUGAAUAAAAAGGUUCUACAUUUUGCCGUUCGCACCACUGCCAUCCAACAUGAACUUUUGACCUACGAGCGAUCUUUGUAACACUAAUGACCAAUUUUUUAUUACAAUCGUUAUUAUGUAUCGACAUUUAUUAUCCUUGUAAAUACAAAUGUAAAAAAAAUCUUAUGGAUGAUUUUCAACUCCAUCGCCACUAAUCUUGUGGAAUUUU